AUGGCAUACAUCAGUGUUUGCAUCUGCAUUGAAUGCGGGAAUGCUUAUGAGCAACUAGUCUUCUGUGACAUUUUCCACUCAAAGGACCCUGGUUGGAGGGAAUGCACUUCAUGUGGCAAGCCUCUCCAUUGUGGAUGCAUUGCUUCCAACUCUUUGCUUGAGCUACUUGACAGUGGUGGUGUAAAUUGCAUUAGCUGCACAAAAAGUUCAGGAGUUUGCACUGCCAAAACUGAUGAAAAGGCUAAAGGAUUAGGCAUCACAAUGUCAAAAACUGUUGGUGAAAAGGUGUAA